AUGGAUCCCACAUCAUCAGGCGGGACGGCGCUGCAGCCGGUCUCGGGCGACCGCGUCAACCAGCAGCGCGAUCAGGCCGCGCGGCCCUCCUCACGCGAGGACGCGCGGGAUAGCCUCGUGCUCGACAAGAUCAGCCAGUUCAACAGCCUCGCCAUGCAGUCGAAGCAGCUGGAACGCAAGACGGCUGACGCCGCGCUCAAGCGGGCCAUGCUCGGCCGCGAGGAGGCCGAGGGCGAGAUGCGCCGCUACAGGGAUGAGACGAGGGCGCUGAGGAAGCAGGUCGAGGAGGGGAAGGAGAGGGAGAGGAGAGUCGGUGAACGGUUGGAGACCGUGAUGGAGAACUACGGCCGCGCGAAAGAGACACACGCUCACACACAGGCCCUCUGGGAAAAGGAGAUCCGAAGAGCGCGAAAGGAGACUUUCAAGUCCCAGAGCGCCAUCGUGAAGCUGCAAGAGGAGCUGAAAUCGGCGCGGUCGGCGAUAAAGUCGACAGAGGAGAUGCUUGACCUGGAAAAGGAGCGUAGUAAGACUCGUGAACAGGAAGCAUUCGCCGCAAGAUACAGCCUCGUCGGCGUCCAAGAGCAGUUCGAGCAGACAUUGGAGCGCCUGAAGGUGCUCGAACAGGAGCGGGAUGCCUUCAAGGCCCUCGCGAAGAACGAAGAGGACAUCGCGCGCAUCGCCGCCGAGGGCAGACUCCCCUUGCCGCCCUCUGAGUCCAGCCCCGAGGAGGACGAGUUCGCGUCACCAAAGAAGUCGAGAGUGUCGAUCAGCAUUGCAGAUGUCACGUCGUCGGCGACCAGCGAGGCGGAAAUCGACGAACUCACCUGGCUAUGGCAACGGGAGAAGCAGCGAGCGGACCGUGCGCUAGAGCACGUUGACUUCCUCGAAGCCGAAUGCCAGUUGAGAUGCUGCGCUUGCGCAAAGUCGCGUUCACGGUCAAGCACACUCGGCCAGGCUAGCGCUCGCCGGAAACGCCCAGACCCUCUGACGCUUGCAGAUGCUGGCGACUUGGUGAUCCUUAGCGAGGACGCACAGGCAUCGUCAGUGGAUACCAACGCGAGUCCAUCGCCGAAGAAGUCCAAAACAGACAUGCUGAGAACGGAGCAGCCGACGGAAGUGAGGAGAAGCACCAUCUUCAUCCCCACCGAGGGCAUUUUUCGGACAGUAUCCCAAGAGGAGGCUGGAGCCCUGGAGGCGGCCGUGGCUCCAAGGGACCACGACGUGGAGGAGGCUUCGACCGAGCCACCGACCCCAGUCGACCCUAACCCAAACCCACCAUGCUAUGCCCGCACCCCAUCCGUCGAUCCCCCGGCCUUCGCCGUUGUUACCGAACAGCGGACAUCACUCCUCUCUCUCCUCAACGCUCCGCACCGAGGAGAGGACAGCCGCGCCGUCCUCAACAUCCCCGUCACGCCCGGGCCAACCCCAGCCAAGCGUAUGGAAAUGAAGAAGCACGAGCCCAAACAGUCGGCAGACGCCGACGACGACGACGACGACAACGACAACGACACCCCGAUCCAGCGGACCCCGCUCGCCGCCAUCACCAACCAGGCAGAGGUAGAGGCAGAGGCGGACCUCGACCUCGACCUCGACCUCGACCUCCACGACACGCGCCCGCACACGACGGCGGGCUUCUACACCACGACGACCAAGGUGCCGCUGCGCGAGGAGAACGCGGACCCGAGCCUAGCCGCCCGGCUCCUCCUCGAGCAGCAACAACAGCGCACGCCGUCGGCGUCGUCGUCGGAGGGCAGGACCUUUGACGCGACGAACCCGGCGCUGACGCCGACCAUGACGCGCGAGCAGGCGCUGGCGCAGAUACGCGAGCGGCGCGGGCGGGCGCGCAGCGCGGCGGCGGCGCAGGGUAGCACGACGUCGGCGGCGACGACGACGCCGCGGAGGCAGAUGGUCGUGGGACUGGUUGAGAGGAGGGAUGUUAGCGCGCCGGCGGGGAGGGUGGGAAAGGUCCCUAGUGUGGUUAGGGGGGCGAGAUCGUAGGGUUGAGUUGCUUUUUGCGGUGAGAUGGGGAUCUUGGGGUUGAGGGGAGGGAGGGAGGUUGAGAGUGAGUAAUUCAUUGUAGACGACCUGUGGGAAGGCUUGUUGGUGGUGUGUUUUCCUGACUCGACACGCAUGAUGAUGAUGUUGGCCUCGGACCAUGGGGUAACUUGGAGCCUUGAUCGAUGCUUGGGAGUGAAAUUUUGCAUUGCAUCGGUGUCUGGGGCCAAUAGUUGGAUGACAUGGACGGAUGUCGGAGUCUUUUCUCUGUCUCUCUUUUAUCCUACCUGUACAGAAAAAUUAUUAUCUGGCGGUUGUAAUUCAUCGGUUUAAUUAAUGCUCUCACUCUUGUCCGUGACUUGAUCAGGGAAUGGUUGUAUAAAUA